UUAUUAUUAAUGUAGAGCCUCACGCCUGGGCCCUCCUUCAAAUUUGUCGCCACCCCAUUUCUUUUUCUCCCCUGCAUGCGCAUAAUCUUUCAUUCCUCCUAAAUCCUCCCCUGCAUUCAUACAAGCCUUACAAGCAAUCUUUCUAGUCAUUCCAUGAUCUCUAUAGAUUCUAUUCAAUCAAAGCAUGCAUAUGGAGAAUCUGUAUAUUGAUGUUCCUUUAUAAGUAGAGUUGGAAAAUUCAACUGGGGUUUUUAAAUUCCACCAUCCCAAGUAAAAAAUCUUGCAUUGAAUUUUGACACCCAUGUAGCUUUCCAGCCCAAAACAAUGCUGGAUUCCAUGAAUGACUAUGCCAGAUUGUGAAAUAUCUACUGUUGUUUUACCUGGGAAGACUAAGCCAAAGUUGAAUAGACAUGAUAUCCUGGAAUAUUAAUUAGUAUCAGAUUCUUCAGAAUCAGGUAGUACUGUCAGGGCUCAGUUGUCCAUAUAAAGACUUCCAAGUGUUACAUAAGUUAAUUAGUCUUGUUCUUUUCUUUUGUUGUAUUGGCUUAUUCCAAUUAGUAGCACCUACCCACCUGGCUGGUAUAGUCCUCUUGCACUUGUUUCAUUCAGAAACAGGUUUUUAAGCAAUCGAUUUUUCUCUUUAUCUAGUCUAUAGGUUAUGCUCUGUUCUGACAUCUUACUUUCUUUCUUUCGCUUCUGUCUGGCCACAACUCUGGGGGAUCCAUGAUAACUAACUUCUUUAAGUUCAGAGUUGAGAUGCAUAGAUUUUUGUAACUUUGUCCGGCGGAUCCCAAUAGUGUAUUUUUAAUACUGUGAUCUGGGUUUGCAGAUCUAAUAUAAGUUUUGCAAAAUGGGUUCUGAGAAAAACAACAUUCUACUGUCUGACAAUGACAGAAUGGAGUAUAUCAAGAAUCAGUCUUCUUCUCCUCCUCCUCCUGCUUCUUCUGCUGCUGUUCUUGUUCAUCAUAGGGGUGGUUCUACUUAUACUUCUACUACCACAAGAUCUUCUCCUGAGAGGAAAUUGAAGAGAAAACAGCAGGAACCUGGAAGAUAUCUGGGGGUAAGAAGAAGGCCAUGGGGUCGUUAUGCUGCAGAAAUUAGGGAUCCCACAACCAAAGAGAGGCACUGGCUCGGCACUUUUGAUACAGCCGAGGAAGCAGCUCUUGCCUAUGACAACGCUGCCAGAUCAAUGCGUGGGGUUAAGGCCAGGACUAAUUUCAUGUAUGCUGAUAUGCCUCAAGGAGCUUCCUUGACUUCGGUCAUGUCCCCUGAAGAUACGGAGAAACUCAGGUGUUUACUCCUUGCCUCUAAUGUGAAUUCAUGGACAGACCAGCAUCUACAUCAGCAACAGCACCACCCACAUUUGCAGCAACCAUACCACCCACAUUUGCAGCAGCAACACCCAGAUUAUCAUCAUCAUCAUCAUCAUCAUCAACAUCAGCAGCAGCAGCAGAUUAACAUUGAUCAGCAUUCGAGGGUUAUUGCAAAGGAUUGUCUUGUGCCUGCUGCAACUCUAUUACAUCCAUCUCAAUUCAUGUUUGCCGAAAGCUGUGAGCCCUGCAUGGCUGAUAGUGUGGGAGAAGAAAAGGCUGUUUUCAUGCAGUCUGAUGCAUGGAACAUAGCCAGCCUUCUUGACAGUUUUUCAUGUCAACCUGCUUCUUCCAAUCUGCAGCAACAAUUCCUUCAUCAGCAGCAGCAGCAGCAACAAUCAUCAGCCUUUUCUUUUUCGUCACCCACGUAUGGUCCCAAUCACACCCUCUUCUCACCUCCCCCAAAGCAAAUCGCAUCGCCAAUUACCCAACUUUGUACUUCUGACCUCCUGUCAGCAAAAUCCCAGUCCCCUGCAGAGACAGUCUCUGCAACUUCUUCGGAAGUGUGCAGCCCUGAAUGCUUCCAAACUACUUGUACUACUACAACAACAACCACUGCUACUGAAACCCACUAUCAUAACCUCCACAUGAGCAGUAGUCUGCCACCCACUGAACAAGCGUUAUCUGCUCCUGCAUCUGAAGUUUGCAGUCCAGCACCAGUUAGCCAUGCCCAGAUCAAUCCCACUUCAACAGAGUAUUCUAACACAUUUCCUAGUCUGUAUGAUGUCAGCCAAGGUCUCUGGGUUGAUUCAGAUCAGCAGCCUCUUGUUACAGAAUGGGGUGACCAACUGUGUGAGUCUCCCAUAUAUUGCCCAGGCAUUGAUUGCACUGAGCUGAAUUCCACACUUGUGCAUAGCCCUCUUUUUGGAUUCAUGCCCCAGGUUUCUGAUACCUUCCUACAUGGUAUACCAACAUUCAGUGAUGUCUUUGACUUGGGAUCCUCUCAGCUAUGAGCCAAGAAGUCUUAAGAUUUCAGCUUAGAGUUCUGAUAUAUUUUACAUUUUACAUAUCUAUAUAUGCAUGUUACUACAUUGUUCAUUAGAGUUUGAGAGUGCAAUUAGUAGCAGGAGGAGGAAAUUAGAUGUCCAGACCAUGCCUGUCUAAUGCAAGACAGCAUGGAGUUCAUAUAAUGGUGAUUAUAAUUUCUACUUGUCCCUCAAACACACCUGGUCAAUUAGACCCAUACCCAUUACUUCAGUGCACCAACACUCAGAGAUUAUAUUAUGGAGAGAGUGCAAGUUUCUUCAUAAGUAGUAAUAUUCCUUCUGACAGAGUCUAAGGCUGGCUACACAGUUUCUAAUCAGGUUGAGUUGGUAAUAUGGUAUACAUAUUUAUUAGAGGCGGAGCAGAUGAGAUGCAGAGACGAGAAUGAACAUAGAUGCCCAGAUAAUUUUACAAACUCUAUGUAGAAGUUUGCUAUUGUAUGUAGAAUGUAUGGAGUUUUUGUGGCACGCAGCGUGCUAUAGUAGCUUUUUAUCAAAGCUCAAUAUGUAAGCGCAAUGGCUCUAAUUCAGUAAGCAAGAAACAGUAUAAUUCGUAC